AUGGACAUGCAGUCCAUGUCAAGCGGGGCACCAAUGCCUACCCCCAGUGCUGCUGCUAACAUGUCCGGAAUGCAAAUGGGCAGCAGUAUGGGUGGAAUGCACAUGGGUGGAAUGGGUAAUGGCUGCAAGAUUUCUAUGCUUUGGAACUGGACUGUAUUGAAUGCCUGUUUCGUUUCAUCCCAUUGGAGAAUUACCUCCCCAGCCAUGUUUGUAGGAUCAUGCAUUGGUGUCAUUCUUCUUGUCAUGCUCCUACAAUUCCUCCGGCGUGCUAGCUAUGAAUUUGAUAGAUACGUAGCUGGGAAAAGCAACUUCUAUACUGGACGAUUGCAACGAGUAAUCACAAGCCCAAAGCAAACUGCCCCAGGCCUCGAAUCUCCGACCGAGACCACAGCCAACGCGAUAAAGCGUCCUUUGUGGCGGUCCCUACUCCAACAUACUACCAAGUCUAUGUUGUUCACGAUGCAAUUCGGACUUGCAUAUUUCAUCAUGCUCCUCGCAAUGUAUUACAAUGGGUUUAUUUACAUUUCUAUCCUGAUUGGGGCUUUCCUCGGCUCAUUUGUGUUUACAUGGAACACGGAUGCAGAAAAUGACGCUUCCAAGGUGACUGUAUGCUGUGGCUAG